AGGGCGAGCGGGUCUACGCGCCGCAGCCCGGCAGGGAUGCGGCAUGGCCGUGGGCUCCGUGAAGAUGCCGUCGCCGUGUGAGGGCGCGGAGCUGGCCCGAAGCUGGAACCCCGGCGGCGGAGCCCACGAGCCGGUGCAGCUGCGGCAGAAGCUGCGGGAGCUGCCCGCGCUGCUGCGGAGCGGGCUCACGCUGCGGAGGAAGAGCGCGGCCGCCGCCGGCCGGACCCUGUCCAGAAGAAUUUCAAAUCCCUAUUUGGAAACUCCUUCAAAUAAGAUUUAUGGAGAAAGUUCUUCCUGUGCUGGGAGAGCUCUCAGGAAUAUUUUUACCCUACAAGCAUCUGACCUGAUUAAAGACAGGGUGUACCUUACUGGCAUUUGCAGGAGAAGCUGUGUUGGAUCAGAACUGGUAGACUGGCUUUUGGAGCAAUGCCCUUUUGUUAAGAGCAGAUCUACAGCAGUUGGAGUGUGGCAGCUCCUUCUGGAUAUGGGCAUUAUAUUAUCAGUGGACAGACAACUCUAUUUUCAAGACACUCAUGCUUUCUACCAGUUCUCAGCGGAUGAAUGUACCUAUCUUUUCUGUGAAUUUGAGAAAGAGGAGGAAUGGAAAAAUGGAGUAAAGCUCCUACUUCAACUACUGCCAUUGUCUCCCCCCAGGAUUGACAUGUGUAAUCUGCCUGAUCAAAAAAUAGAAGAUACGGCAGAAACCAACGCUGAAAUUCUUGCUCGUCUCACUUCUGCGGUACAGAGAGAACUGGCUGCUGUCAUUGCCCUGAAAGCAAGGAAGUCAGCUAUCUGUCAAAAUGAGGAAAACAGCAGUCAAGAAAUAAGAGGACUAGAAGAGCUCAAGGAUACCUCUGAUGCACAGGCAGGAGUUUUAUGCAAGCUUCAGGGAAGAGAUGACAUCGGACGGAUUGAGCUGGUCCAGAAGCUGGCGAGAGAGAACUGCCAGUUUUUGCAGGCGGAUAGAAAAUCACUGGAGAAGGCAGAACAAGCGGACGAUGGAGGCGGCGGCGAGCGGGCGCGGGAGGCGGCCGGCGCGGCGCUGGUGCUGCGGAAGGUGUGGUCACGCAGCCCGGCCCCCGAGCGGCGCGGGAGAUACGUGGUGGUGUCGGGGACGCCGGAGAAGAUUUUGGAGCAUCUCCUCAGCGACCUGCACUUGGAAGCCGCCCAGGACAAAGAGACGGAAACUCUGCUGGAUGACUUCCUGCUCACAUACACAGUCUUCAUGACGACCGAUGACUUGUGCCAGGCACUUCUGAGGCACUAUUGUGCUAAGAACCACCAAGGGAAAGAAGAUGACUCUGAUGUGUCCUGUAGGAAGCGGAAAGUCUUGCAUUUGGUAUCUCAGUGGACUUCUCUCUACAAAGACUGGUUACAUGAAGAUGAGCAUUUAAAACAGUUUUUAAAGACAAUAUACAGAAAUGUGCUAGAUGAUGUGUAUGAAUAUCCCAUUCUUGAGAAGGACCUGAAAGAAUUUCAGAAGAUACUUGGGAUGCAUCGCCGUCACACUGUAGAUGAGUAUUCACCUCAUCGAAAGAAUAAAACCUUUUUCCACCAGUUCAGUGUAAAGGAGAACUGGCUGCAGCACAGAGGAACCAUGAAUGAAAUAGAAGAGAUUUUCUGCCGUGUGUAUAUAACGGAGCACUCCUAUGUCAGUGUGAAAGCUCAAGUAUGCACUUCAGCUCAGGAGAUACUGAAGAUUGUGGCAGAAAAGAUCCAGUACCCGGAGGAGGAGUUGGCACUGGUGACUGUCGCGUUCUCUGGUGAAAAACAAGAACUACAACCAAAUGACUUGGCUAUCUCAAAAUCUUUGGAGUCAUCCAGUCGUAUGUUUGUCUACCGAAAAGAUCUAACUGAUUCUUUGAAUCCAUUUGCUGAAAAUGAGGAAUUGCAGCAAAGGUCUGUGAGGAUUUUGGGAAUCAACACCUGGGAUCUUGCAUUAGAAUUGACAAAUUUUGACUGGAGCCUCUUCAAUGCAAUUCAUGAGCAAGAGCUGAUAUACUUCACAUUCAGCAGACAGGGCAAUGCUGAAAACACUGAGAAUCUCAGUCUUCUGCUUCAAAGAUGCAACGAGGUCCAGCUUUGGGUUGCCACCGAGAUACUCCUCUGUAACCAGCUCUGCAAACGUGUGCAGCUAGUCAAAAAGUUCAUCAAGAUUGCUGCCCACUGUAAAGCCCAAAGAAAUCUGAAUUCAUUCUUCGCUAUUGUUAUGGGUCUCAACACUGCAUCUGUCAGCCGGCUGUCUCAGACCUGGGAGAAAAUUCCUGGGAAGUUCAAGAAACUUUUCACUGAACUUGAAAGUUUGACAGACCCUUCUCUGAAUCACAAAGCUUACAGAGAUGCAUUCAAGAAAAUGAAAUCUCCGAAAAUCCCCUUCAUGCCCUUACUUCUGAAAGAUGUAACAUUCAUCCAUGAAGGAAAUAAAACAUUUCUGGAUAACCUUGUUAAUUUUGAAAAGCUGCACAUGAUUGCAGACACUGUUCGGUCUUUGAGACAUUGCAGAAAUAACCAAUUUGGCAAUGAAGUUCCUUCGAAAGAGCAUCAUGAGCUGAAGCCAUAUGUCCAUCACCUGCAUGUCAUCGACAACCAGCAAGCUCUGUUUGAGCUUUCUCACAGGAUAGAGCCACGAGUGUGAGCGUACACAGCUUCCUAUAACCUUGUAACUGCAGCACUUUGAAUUAAGUGAAUGUUUAUGCCAAGCAUGUUGCUUCCCUAUAUAAGAACAGUUUACUGAGUUUUAUCAGUAGCUCACACAACAUGCGCAGGAAAAUCAGGCAAGAGCCAGCAAAGGAGCUGCUCACAGAGUUGCAGGGCAAGCUUGGUGCCAUUCCCACUGGUCACUGGGAUGUGAGGGAGCAGAGCAGCGUCCUUUGAACUCAGGAGCUUGGUUUCUGUGAAAAUAUUGUUUGGUCCUGUGUAGCUUUCAAUGCAGAUUCUGCCAGUAUUAGAAUGAAAGGAAUCAUCAUGUCACAGCAGCAAAACAUUUCAGCAAGCAACAUGCCGCAAGGGGAUUGAUUCCCAGUUCACCACAUAUGUACCUCACUAAUUCAAGGCUGCCAAAAGUAUUGUUGCCAAAAAUAAUGUGCAAUCUCUGCAGUUCCUCUGAGUCCACUGGAACAUCAUAUUUGAGAUAAGUGCAAACAAGCAAGGAUGGGAAUAUAACAAGGCAGCACAACCAGAUGAAACUCAAGUGUAUGUCGUGUUGUGGAGAUCAGCAGUAAACAGUCCAUGCUGUUACGGUCCCUUUAAGAACCUGUUCAUCCACACUGUAAGAGCCAGUCCACUUUCGUUGCAAUUCAUGGACACAGUUGUUUGUGUACUGAAAACAUGUUAUUUUCUUCCUUUUCAGUUAUCUCAGAUUUAGCACUGGGUCCUGCAGUUAACACGUUAUAAAUUAUUAUAGCAGAAGCUUUGUUUUCUGCUUGGAUUACAGCCUCUUUGAUGUCUAUUCAGAGGCAAUGCCUAGAUCCACCUAUAUUCCUAACUCAUCUCCUGGAAAUACCAUUUCAGCAGGUAAAACUUCAUCUAACUUGCACAUGCUUCUAGUUUUUAAAGAACAGAGAGGUGCACCUUACAAGGGUACCACUGUAAUUGCCUGCAUACGCACCGAGCUCUCAGCAUCAGGGUCCCUUUACUGCUUUUGUCCCUCUCAUACCCUUCUCCUAGCCAGUUCUCAUGUAGCUACAAGUACUACAUCUGGGCAUGUACUGAGGCAGCGUUUCUAAAGUCUUGUCUACAGUUGACCUACAUCUCAAGCACCAUCACAACCAUAGCUCUGGUUUUCAGUGCUAAGAAGUUGCCCUGAAAUAACCUAGUGAAUGCUGCAGGCAAUGUGCAGAGUGCUGCACGGUCUGCCACGUGUUUGUACACUGACUCAUGGCAACAGUCCUUUUGCACAGCAGGGAGGAUACAUAGCAUCGAUUGCCCAUCUCUAUUGUAUGUUUUCCACAUGAGGAAGACUUCCAAGAAAAUGCUCAUUUACUAAAAUAUGGGAAUACUGAAGUAGCAUGCUCUUCAUCAUUGUGUUAUCUCUGGUUUAAAGGGAUUUAAAAAAAGCAGCUUUAACAAGUAGUCCGUGGGGGAAUCUGUAGAAUGCAUUCAGUUUUCCCAUCUGUGAAAUAUUGUAUAGAUCUAUUGUAAAGGAAACAGAUGUUUCAGAAAUGUAUUUGCUUGUACUUUGUUAUUAUUAUCAAAUACUAUAUGAUUUUUUUUUUUUAGAAAAAAAGUCGUCUUUUUACCCAGUAAAAAGAAAAAAAAUAAACUCUUGCUGGCCAUGGAGUAAAAAUUUCCUAUGUUCUUCUGUAGAUGUGACUGCACAUAUUGUAAAUAACUGUUUAGUGCAAACAGACCAAAACUGUUCAGAUGAAGAUAUUAGCUGUGGUGGGCACCUUUUUGCAAUGUAAGAACAAAAACCAGAUGCAAUUUGUUACUUGUGUUAUUGCAGUUCUUCCUCUGGCUACAACACUCAGAAUUCCCACCCUAACUGCAUUACCUGGGUGGUUUCCUGGGUUUUGAGCUCCCCCUUGUGAAUUGUUUUUUUACUGUGGCAUUAUUUUUAGGAGCCUGUAUGUAGACCAUGCUUCCGCUCAUAUGGUGUAACUCUUUGGUCCACAAAUUGUUCUCUUGAAAUCUGUGGGAGAGGGAGGAUUAGAAGGUAUUCACGGUGAGAAAGUGACGCUGUUUCUCAGUUCACUGCAUUUGGCUCUGUGAUAGUUUUGGGUAGUUACUGCUGAUGAAGCAACAGUGAUGGCAGAGAAGAAUAAAAGACAAGGAAACAAAAGGGGGGGGGAAUAACAAUGACUCUGUGCUGCGGCUUUGAUUUGAAAGCCUGCUAGAGUGACCUUGAAGGCUCCUCACUCUGCCAAUUCAAAAUGAAGUAAAGGGAUGGGUUAACUUGUACCAGUAGGCUUCAAGCCAGCUGAGGUGUUGGCUAUCUGCAUCACUGUAAUUUCACGCUAAAUCAGCUGUUGUCUACCCCUUGCAGCUGGCAUAAAAUCGGUUUGAAGGCAUAUAGCCAGAAUUAACCUUGUUAUCUAUGUUAGACUACUAAUUAGCUAAUUAGACUACUGUUUAUAACUUUAAAAACUAGUUUUUAUAGUGGCCUGUAUAACUUGGAUAUAAAUUUCUGGUCGCAGGGUCCAAUGUCUGCAUCAAUUUCACUUUGAAAAUAUGGACCUUUUAACUGUUACCAUAAAAGAAAGGCAAAUAGCCUUAACCUGUAGCUAUUGUCUAAUUUAAAAAAAGGCCCUUCAGAGACUUCAUUCAACAGGUGAAAUAUUGCAGAGCUUUGCUGCAGACUGGCAAGCAGUUUGAAGGUGAGGUGGUUGGGAGAAGAACUACAAGUAAACCCUGUGAAAGGGAAGGAUAAUACUAUAGAGCCUCUGCCAGGGUCCAGCACUGAUGAUAUUGUGAUUUAUUUUUUUUUUUUACAUCCUUCAAUAAUGCAAUUAGGUUACAUAGGAUAAAAUCUAAUAAAUCUUGUAAAUUCGGUUUAUCACAGUCACACCUAGGCUUAAAUACUCUGCAAUUUUUUUAUAGUAGCUAGGAGGAUCAGUUAUACAUAAUAAAGGAAGGAGCUAUGUCACUUUAUACCUCUUUGAUGUGGGAUUUUGUUGCAACAAAUUUAGAUGUUUCUAUGACACAGCUUGUUGAUUCCAGCACCAUCUUGGAUAGUAAUAAAUUUCAUUUGCAUAACAGUGGCAAAAAAAGAGAAAGAUGUAAAUACUAAACAUUUUAGCAGAGUAAUAUUUAUUUGCAUAGCCUAUUUAUUGUCAUCUUAUACACUGUUAAACACUGGGAUGAAGUCAAUGAGCUGAGGUAAGAACACCUGCCUGUUCUCUCUGAGUGCCAUAAUGGUGUCAGCUUGCAUUAAAAGUAAUAAAAUAGAAGCCCCCAAAUCAAGGUAUUUACCUGACUUCUCAGGGACUACAGCUAGUAGUUAUCCACCAUUAUGAGACCUGGUAUGUAUGAAAUAAUCUGAUUUACCAGAAUCAAUGUUGCCAAUGUUUUCCUUUGCGUAUUUCAUGCUUGUUUGCCUGUACAUAUUAUUGUGUCGUGUAUUUAUGAGAGCUAGUAAGCAAUAAUUUAUAUGUCAAAAUGGCCAAGCAAUACAAGGUUAAAACUUGUAGAAGCAACUGUUAUGUUUAUCUUGCAUUUUCCAGUGUUUUUUAAUAUUGCUUUUCAAAAUAUAAAAACUACCUUAAUGAA